CGGAUCGGAGCGGAGUUUUAUCGCGAAUUGCGAUGGACUACAAUAUCAGCCGGUUGUGUCGGGUGUGCCUGGAGGAGGGCGUAUUUACGUCCAUCUUCAGCACCGAGCUGGUGGCGAUGGCUCCGGCCGAUAUGCUGGGAAUGUGUGCCAAUAUCAAGGUGUCCAAAAACGAUGGGCUCCCGACAACGAUCUGCAACAACUGUAUGUACCGGCUGGGAGUCGCGUUUCACCUGAAGCAGCAGUGCGAAAACUCCGACAUGCGGUUGCGCCAGUACAUUGGGCUGAUGACGGGCGUUUACAGUAACGCGCUCGACAAAGAAACGAUGACCGAUGAGUCCUGGUUACUGGCCGGACCGGACCCGAAAUCUGACGAGCACAAACCUAGCAAAAAGAGGUCGAGCAGCCGUAAACGGUACAAACCAAAGCUGCCCGAGGAGCGCAAGAAACGGGGCCCAAAACCCAUGCCAAAAAUUCCACAGACCUGCUACCAGUGUCAUAAAACGUUCAAAUGUGCCGCGCAGCUACAGAUGCACCUCAGGACCCACUCGGGAGAGAAACCGUUCGCCUGCAGUUACUGUACACGCCGGUUCGCCCAGAAGCACAACCUCGCGAUCCACAUCCGGACGCACACGGGCGAGCGGCCGUAUCAGUGCGAGAUCUGCAGCAAGCAGUUCUCGGCGCUGGGCAACUUUCAGGCACACAAAAAGAUACACACCAACGAGCGGGACCACGUGUGUCCGUCGUGCAACAAGGGCUUCAUCACGUCCGGCGAUCUGACGCGCCACAUGAUUUCGCAUUCGGGCAUCAAGAACUACCAUUGCGAUAUUUGUGCCAAGAGUUUCAGCCGAAACCGAGACAUGGUGGCGCACAAGCGCAAGAUCCAUCUGAACGAUCGAUCGAACGAGAGCUACAAGUGCCACGAGUGCCACAAGGUGUUUGCCACCGUCGACAGCCUGAACGGGCACAUGCGAACUCACGUUCCCGCCAGCUCGGGCCCGGUCGGUCCCAGUGGCUCGCUGAUGCCACCGCAGCAGCCCCAGAUUCAAACGCCGAUCGCUCUCGCAGUACACGGGCUCGGACCGAGCAGUACGUUGGGCGUCGGCCUGGGAAUGGUGCCCCAUCCGGCGGCCCAUCCGCCACACCCGCAGCAGCCACAACCCUCCUACCAUCACAGCCAGAUGCACUCGGUGCAACGAUUACAUCACUACUAG